AUGACAUCAAAAUAUUUCAUACCAAAAUAUCUUCGGAAUAGUCCAAUAGAAGAAUAUAAUAAAAAAAAGUUAACUCCGCUUCCUUUACCUGCACACUGGAAUGCUACUGAUAGUGCAUCUUAUAUAACCAUUACUGAUGAUGCAAAAUUGUCUGUUGAAUAUUCCGGACCAGGAAGGAAUUGGAUCGAUGCAGCUAGCAUAAGAUCAAAUCGUUUCAUUCCGUCAGAAGUUGGUUUAUAUUAUUUCGAAAUGACGAUCACAAAUUGUGGACAAAGAGGAUGUAUCGGGAUUGGUUUAAGUAAACCUGGAACACGUUUAAACAGAAUGCCAGGAUGGGAACGUGACACAAUAGGAUAUCACGGAGAUGAUGGAUAUUUAUAUUGUGAACGUGGUACCGGAAUAAAAUUUGGACCUCUUUAUACAACUGAUGAAACUGUUGGUUGUGGUACCGCAUGCAAAAAUAAAUUUGAUGGAGAAAUGAUCCCCAUGUGCGGUAUGGAAAGUUCAAAUGAAAGUGUGAUAGCGAAUUUUGGGGAAAAACCUUUUGUAUUUGACAUUGAAAAUUAUGCAAAAAUAAUAUUUGCAAGAGCUAAACAAAGAGAAAAGGAAGAAAAGGAAAAAACUGCGGUACAAGCAGAGGUAGCUACUAAUGAAGGAAUAGAAAUUGUCACAGAAAGUGGGGAUAUUACGACUAAUGUAACUAGAAAUAUAAUUACAGACGUGAAUGUUAUUCAACAAACUGACACAACUACAGUUUUACCUACAGGAAAUAUAAAUUCAGCUAAUAUUAUCGCUCAACCACUUGAUUUUACCAAUGAAAAUACAUUAGAUAUAAAUUUUAACACUGAUCUUCCCGUAAUAAAUGAUGAUGCAACCAAUGUAAAUAAUGCAAAUGAUGAGAUAUUAGAUACGAACAUUAUACAAACGGAUUCUUUGGACAGUUACGUAAAUUCAGCUAUUGUUCCUAUCACUAGUACAAUCAGUUGA